AUGGGUGGAUUAUUUUCCCGAUGGAGGACAAAACCUUCAACUGUAGAAGUUCUGGAAAAUAUAGAUAAGGAAAUUCAAGCAUUGGAAGAAUUUAGGGAAAAAAAUCAGAGACUACAAAAAUUAUGGGUUGGAAGAUUAAUUCUUUACUCCUCAAUUCUCUAUCUGUUUACAUGUUUAAUUGUAUACUUGUGGUAUCUUCCCGAUGAACUUACAGCAAGACUUACCAUGACACUCCCAUUUUUUACUUUCCCACUGAUCAUCUGGAGCAUAAGAACAGUGCUUAUAUUCUUCUUUUCCAAGAGAACAGAAAGAAAUAAUGAAGCAUUGGAUGAUUUAAAAUCCCAGAAGAAAAAAAUACUUGAAGAAGUCAUGGAAAAAGAAACUUAUAAAACAGCUAAAUUAAUUCUUGAAAGGUUUGAUCCAGACUCAAAGAAAGCAAAGGAGUUUGAGCCGCCAUCUGCUGGACCAGAUGUAACUGCAAGACCUGGACAAGAGAUUCGUCAGCGAACUGCAGCUCAAAGAAAUCUAUCUUCAACACCAGUAAGGUCUAGCCAGGGCCCUCCUCCACAAGUUCCAGUUUCUCCUGGUCCAACAAAGGACACUUCAGCCCCUGGUGGGCCCCCAGAAAGAACUGUUACUCCAGCCCUAUCAUCAAAUGCGUUACCAAGACGUCUUGGAUCCCCUGCUACUUCUGUGCCUGGAAUGGGUCUUCAUCCUCCAGGUCCACCUUUAGCUAGACCCAUUCUCCCCCGAGAACGAAGUGCUUUGGAUAGAGUUGUUGAAUAUUUAGUUGGUGAUGGUCCACAAAACAGGUAUGCUCUUAUAUGUCAGCAAUGUUUUUCUCAUAAUGGCAUGGCAUUGAAAGAAGAAUUUGAAUACAUUGCUUUUCGGUGUGCCUACUGUUUUUUCUUGAAUCCUGCAAGAAAAACCAGACCUCAGGCUCCAAGACUGCCAGAGUUUAGUUUUGAGAAGAGGCAGGCUGUGGAAAGCUCAAGUUUAGUUGGCCCCUUGCCCGCAGGAAGUGUGAUUUCAUCAGAGAACCUGAUAAGUGAAGAAUCUUUAGAAGAACAAGAUGUUUUGGAUAACACUACAGAGCAGAUAGAGGACAAAAUAACAGAUACAGAGCAAAUAAAUGAAGUGAUUGAAAAAGCAUCUGGUACAGAGGAACCAGAAGAAAAGCAAGAGGAGACUGAGAAGGAGGAAACCUCAGCGAAUGAAGCCAAAUCAAUAGUUUCCAAAGCUGAUUCUGUUCCUGAUUCUAUUUCUGAUGCUAUUCCUGAUUCUAUUCCUAAUCCUGAAUUAAGUGGAGAAUCAUUGAUGACGAUGUAG